AUCAUUAUAGGAGCGAUCCUUAAGGAAAACUUUCGUUUUAGUUAACUUAGAGGUAUUACAUUGUGUAGCGGUUCAAUAAAAGGCGUAACUGCCAUUUGUACAGGCGCAUCCUCCAUCUUGUAAAGGUCUAUUUACUAACAGUUACUUUAAUGCUGUUGUGGUACGCCGAAUAAUCAUCUGCGCAAUUUCGUGUACAGUGUGAUCCGAACUGACUUCCUGGCCAAAUUCCAAUCAUGUCCUCUGCAUCGCCAGGUGUAGAUUCGGCCUUCAAAAAAUUACAGAGGUUUCUCUUUAUGGGAGCUGAGAAUAAUCGGUAUUUGCAUAGGCGGCGUCAGUUGACUAGCGACCAUGCAUGGCACAUCAAAGAUCUUAUACACCAAGGUCGUGGAAUAGAAAUCGUUCGCGAAGUCGUACGCUUUUCAACGGAGCAAAUAUCAAUAUGUCCAGAGGCGCUUGCUUUCGUCUUGGCUAUCUGCGCUCAGUCGACGGAUCAGGCGACAAAAAGCGCAGCCUACAACUCCUUGAAGCAGGUCUGUAACACGGCACAACUACUAUUCGCGUUCACCAAAUUCAUGGAGGAAACCCAACGGCCAAUGAGCACCGGAUGGGGCCGGGCUCAUCGGCGAGCCGUUACGAAUUGGUACUGUAGUCGCAGCCCGACGGAAUUAGCUGAAAUUGUUACAAAGACGGUAUCUCGAUAUCGAUGGUCACACCGUGACCUGCUCAGAUUGGCUCAUGUAAAACCGCCUACACCUGGAAUAUCAUGUGUUUUUCGCUACGUGUCGAAAGGAUUUAUAGCCACACGUGAAGAGUAUGCUUCGAGCCAAGAUCUAGAUGUACAAGACGCGCUGCGCUACUUACGGGCUGUGCAUGAACUUAAACACGCACCUACGGAAGAUCAAGCCGCCUCGAUUAUCGAUAACCGACAACUUGCGGUGGAGCAUAUCCCGACGCACCUUUUGCGAUCGCGCGAUGUCUGGCUUGCCUGUCUUCCACGUGCGCCGAUUGAAUCGCUACUGUUAUGGCUACCCCACCUUGUGCAUUCGAAUCUGCUUCGUCCAAGUCUCGGUUUACUUCGGCCACUUUUGCAAAGAAUAUCGUCGGACAACGUGAUGUCGGCAUGUCCUUGGGGUCCUUGCGCAACUUACCUUUUGCUACGUGCGGUCGGUGGUGACGGAGGAGGCUGUGGAGGUUUUUCGGUGGUAAUUGGCGACCCUGUGAUUCUCCCCCCAACAACAAAAGUACCUCCGGUGCCAAGACAGCUUCAACAAGUCCUUUACACUUUGCAUAUGGCGUCGUUUAAGACAUUAAAGCCAACGAACAAACGAUACCUUGUGGUAAUGGAUGUUCGAGGUACUAUGUGGGAAGGCGGGCCCGCUGGCAACCCAGUCACUUCCAUCGAGGCGUCAGUUCUCGUCGCCAUGGGACUAUGUCGAGGUGAGGGACUAACGGGUGGUCGUGUUCAGGCGUUGGCUUUUGGCCGAAGCGGCCUGCGGGAUCUUGAAAUCAAUGCUAAAAUGACGAUGGCGGAUAUUCUACAGAGAUGCGAAGCUGAACCCGGCGGAACGGCCAGCUUAACACUUCCAUUAAGGUGGGCAGCUCAGCGAGGUUUGGAGUUUGAUGUGGUAAUCGUUUGUACGGAUCGGCAGUGUAAUACUGAGGAUACUGAGCACCCGGCGCAAGCACUCAAAGACUAUCGAAGUAUGGCCAACCUACCUAAUGCAAAAUUUGUGACCUGCGCCUGGACGUCACGCGGAUUUGCUGUAGCCCCACCGGAUGAAAGUGCAAUGAUGGACGUGUGUUGUUUCGAUGAAAGCACCCUUAAACUGAUCACCAAUUUUGCUAACGACAAUUUCUAACAAAAUUCUCACUGACGGAUGCAAAAUAUCAUCUUCAGGGAGCUACAUUAACCUAAGCGCAGAACUGGUGAAAUACGUAAAAUGACAGUGAACAAAUGCGGGAAAGAAAUACACAGACAUUUGACAAAAAUCAAACGAAGAGAAAGAGAAGAUUGAUAUCAUUUUGCCGGGUACAAGAUCAAAAUUGCAACAACAUCGAACAACAUCCGUUUUGAAGACUAUAAAAGUUCGGGGUAUCCCCGGCAUAGACCCUCUCUCCACAGCAAAUGUACAGGAAGUGGGUAAUUGUAAAGAAAGAUUCUAUGCUGAUUAAAUGAGAAUAGAAUUCUCAAAGAAAUUACCAAUUUAUGCCUGGCGCCAAUGGCGAUGAAGCGCUGAUGUUGAAAGGAUUUCGAUAUUUCUGAUAUUUACGUUAAAUUAUAUAGCUGUCUUUCUCCAACUAUCACAAGUUGUAAUCAUUAUCACCAUGGACGUAUGGAAUAAGUGAUACCUAAAUGGCAAUGGCAUUGUCUGGAAAGUGAACAUGCGUUUAGUAAUUGAGAACGUACGUGGCUAUUGAGUUGACGGUUCAGCAUCAAUCAGCAUUUCAUCAAGCGUUGGCGCAGGAUAGGUAGUGCAUUGAUAUUACUAAUACUAACUACUAAUCAAUUAUAAUGUCCGUUAAAAAGCGGAUAGUGUCUACUUUUCCUCGCCUAUUAAUUACCUCACACUUUAUGUAUACCUUAUGUAUAUUAUAUAUAAAGAACGGCACCAUUAUUAUUAUUCUUACUACAGCUAUCCUACUACAGCUAUUGAUUGGAGCUCUGGCGAUUGUCGCUAUACAUAUACAUGCUAUGUGUACAUUUACACGUAAUGAGAUAAAAUGGCAACCAUAUAGUGAUUGCGUUAGCUUUUCCAUAUAUUAUUAUCUAUUAAAAGCAGUCAUGAUAAGCGAUGUACCAAACGUACGAAUUGGCGUGAAUGUAGUACACGUUCGUGAAGUGUUUUCACCGAUGUUUCGAAUUAUGCUUAGGUCGGAAGAGAAGCACCUAUAGCAAACAACAAGCAAAACAUUAUUGCUGGAAUUAUUGGAAUACGUAAACGAUUCAGACGCUGAAUGAAGCUAUCGUUCCAUACGUGGCCAAACCAAAAAACGCCGACCAACUUUAGGUGCCGCGAAAAAUUUACUUGGCUAAAUCGUAAUCAACUGAAGAUUUAGCUAGAUCAUCUAUCAAAUGAUCACCGAUGAUUACGACUACACUGUGCAACAGUUAUCAAACUCUACGGAAGAUUUAAAUAACGCAGUCACUGAAAAGCGUCGUUGUAGAAUUAUUUUCAGUCCAUUUUGUGAAGUUAUCCUUUGUCCUCCAUUACGACGAACAUGUUAGAUCAUUAUGGUUUUUGUUAUACUAUUAUUCUUAUUAAUGUAAUUAGGGAUAUGCAUCUGUUCUCCUCAUGCGUUGUCAUAUAUAUAUAUAUAUAUAUAUACACGUGUGCUACCGCUCUUACUAAUAUUAUAUAAACAUAAUCAUGAUUACUCGUUGUAGAGUUAUUUUUAAGACCAGUAUUACUAUCGUUAGAGAAAGCUCUCCAUAUAAUAUAUGGUCACUAAUAAUGACCAUAUAUUUAAUUUUGAUGAAUAAGUAUAUGCGUGCGCUGGUCGACUGCGUCUCGACAUAUAUCAAGCAUUUAUCUGGCCUGUAUUUGCUUAGCAAGCGCUCUUACAAUUGUAAUCAUAGCAGAGUUGUAGCAAAGUCCUACCUGUAUCGUGGCACAGAGCAACGCGCUGUUUAUUGGAGUGCAUGUAAUCGUGUAUAUAUAUACACCUUGCUGAGGGCAUAAGAAAUGUUGAGAGUGUUAGUAAAUGACGAUCGAUGAUCAUGGGUGGGGUUGUACUCGGUACACUGACAUACGUUGAAGAGGGAAAUUGACGAAAAAAUAAAUCUUCUAUUUUGAGGCGUCAAGUUCUAAGACAUCCUGUCUAGUUGCGCGGUGUAUUUUACCCUUUAAUAUACAAAACACGUAGUUGUUUGUGUUAUCUAUUGAAAGUAUUUCUAGCCCACUGUAUCACCUCCGAGGCUCUAUUCUAAACAUCCUUCUCCUAACAAAAUCUUGCAUUUAGCGAUGAUUCAUAACGAGGAAGAAAUAUUCAUAAAAUAUUUCAUCUACAAAAGAUGAUAAUUAAAGCUUUAGUACAUUAAGGGUGUUCGCUUAGUAUAUAAACAAGAUUGAGAGAUAUUGACCUAUAACUUUUCUCAAGGCACGUAUAUGCCCUAACCUCUUUUGCGCUUUAAGUAGCUUGUGAUAUUCUUCGAAUGAAUAGAUGCAACCAGAAGUCAGUGUUACACGUUGACAAGAAAAAUUAACGAUACCUUGCCUUCACGGCAUUUUGUGGUAGGAUUACGCUAGCAGUUGGCAGAACUCUUCUAUAUAACAUAAACAAGCGCUGCUUGAAUUAGUCUGUUGACAAACGGAUUCGUCAUAGGACUGUAUCUAACAAAUUCUGGGGCGCUUCAAGUGACGCUUCUUUCGCGCUCCUUUCGCAAUUAAGAACACAUAAUUAACACAUGAACACAUUAAAACACGUAGCCCAAACUAGUUCACGCAUAUUAAAUCGGUGAGCCGUACAACGGAGAAAUUAUUGCCAUUUGUGAUGAAUUCUUUUUACGAGAUAGCAUUAGGAUAUAACAAAUAUUCAGUGCACAAUGGAAUCGUAGAGCACAACUAUGACCGUAGUAUGCUCUGUUAUAAAUAUUACCCAGUUUGACUCAGUAUCGUGAUAUGAAUAAAACUGUGAAUAGAAACGUCAGACGAGCUGAGAAAACUCAAACAAGUUGUCACGUAAGUAAACUAAUCUGAUAUAUUUAUCGGUUACAUUACUUUUGCUGACAAGAAAGCAAAUUUCAUAUCGAAUAGAACCGCUUAUCGAGUUGAGGUUGCCAUAAGGUAACGAUCGAAAAUAAGAGGAAGGCAGAAACAAACAAAAAAAAAAUCAGCCGACUACAUAUAUUAAGUUAUGCCAGCCGUCUUUUCAAAUCACACUGACAUGCUGGCGGGCACAAGGAAGUACAUAGAUCGCACGAAUAUAAUUACGACUAUAUUACUAUUAUUCUCCCAUGUCUUUAACAGGAUAUUGUCGGUAGCGUCUGUGGUCUGGCAAAGCGUGAUAUAUCGUCAUUGAUCCGGUACUAGUGUCAAUCCCUUUGCUGGAACGCGUUACGACGACCCAGGACAAAGGAAAGCGGAUGUCGAAACGAGUGUUGUAGCCUUCGUAGAAAAGGCUUAAGGGACAAAAAAUCCGUGCACGGGCGAGGCUCUUCAUUUAAUGUGACCGUGUUACUGCCAGCACGCAUUACUUAAUGGAUGAAGUCCACGUAAGUUGGCAGAUUACGAUUCACACUAGCGUUCAUGCGUUUGCAUGGAAGUGUAUUAGUAUCUGCCUUGGUGUGGUGUAGAUAAAAGCGGCGCGAAGAGAAAGAAUCAGAGGAAUACAAUUCGAAGUUUAAAUUGUCGUAAAUUGGAAUAGCCAGACAGGUAGGCAGGCAGAUAAGAAGGUCAGUUCAGGUUGACACACAAACAAAAUCAGCCGUAAUCAGUGAUAUUGAUAUAUAAUUAUAAAGAAUAAGAACAUUAGAAAGAUAAGCCCUAGAAUUAUAUUUUAAAUGUGAAACUUUCGUUACCUUUCUUCCUUUGGUCUAAAAAAGUAACAAACCAGAGAGCAACAGAUACCAGCGCCACAGUUUUCGUUUCGAAAAAAUAGAAUCAUUGUACGAAAACCGUGUAUUAUCAUAAAUACUGUAAUUCUGAUUAAGAUUACCAGUUUGUUACGAUGGCGUAAUGAAAAGAAAUAUGGAUCAGAUAAUGAAAUAACCUCUAAUACUUGUAUAUGCGUUUGUAUAUAUCUCAAUAUAUAUAUAAGAAAUAAAUGUAUUAAGUCGAGGACGAAACCGAGGAACAAGUUUGAGUUCAGGCGUGCCAAAGGCACUACAAUAAUAAAACAGUUGGUUAGAUUAUAACAUAACUUUACGUGCAAGGAUAAUAACAACAACCGAAACCAUCUGUGUUAGUCCUGAACAUUUACUAUUGUUCAGUUUAUAUUACUACCGCUAGAAAGAUAGUCAUUUGUAGCCAUGUUUACAAAAGGGUCUAGCCUAACAUGACUUUGUGAAAUCGCGCCGGCUAAUUAAGCUAUAUGAGAAAUCAUAUUACAAAAGGAAAUUGCAUUACUGUUUAUUGUAAGAAUAACUUUUCGGCUUAUCAUUUCUAUGGACGACGGCGUACAUAUCCGGAUCAAACAGAAGCAGGUCGCUCUACGAAUUUUUGUUUCAUAUACGCAAACAAAGAUAACUGCCUCUUGUCAUUACUGAUACUUAGUUUUAUCUUUUUCUGUCUCCCAAUAAUAUUAUGUAAAUUAAAAAAAUGAAGAGCUACAGCAUAAACUAAAAUUGAUUUUAUCGUGAAAUCUUACGAAUGCAGGCAGUAUGCCGAAUAUAAAAAAAGAUAAUGGAGCUCUUUUCAUGAAAAAAUAGGCAAAAUUUAUAUAAAAGUAUAUACGUAUACAUUUCGCAACACACAGAAUAUCUACAAAUCAGUUACAUUUCUACUAGAAGCAGCAAUUGUCAGGAUGUUUAUUAAUGCUCUUUUGUGUCUGACAUGAGAACGCGGACUCUGUGAAUGUUAUUUUUUGUUAUUUGAAAAUGCAUACAUACAUACACUGUUGUAUUUUUCUGGUGCGUAGUAAUCAGAAGCUAUUCUCAAACAAUGAGUCGGCAGAAAAAUGAACGAUUUUGGAAUAUUUUCUACAAAAAUAAAGCAAAUAAAUGAAAGCUAGAGAAAAUAAGGUAAAUAAAUGUGUGAGCACCAAAAAGUUAGGGAGACCAGAGCUUAAAUGAAUGCGAAUGAAGUACGAAAUGUGGAAACGAAUGUAUAACAUAAUGAAGUAAACAGAAACAAAUGUAGACUGUGAAGAAAAUUAAAUUGCACGUUUAUCGCAAAUUUGUUGGGCUAAUAUAUUUGAGCUCAAAACCUCUACUCUCUAGAUUGAAAAAUGUAACAGUAAAUAUCAGAAUUGAUGCCAAUAAAUUCGAUUGGAAUACAUAUGAGUCAGAGACGAAAAUAAAUUGAACGAAGAAUCAAUGGAGACACAA